AUGGGGGCCACCAACAUUCACCCACAGCAGGCGCCGGCUCCUGGUGGGUCCUCACGCAUUCUGUCAGCCCCCAACGCCAUCACCACCAUGUGCCACUGCGUUCCAGGAGCUUCCGAAGUGGGUGAGGGACCUUCUGUGCCCCUGAAGGCCACCCCCAGGACAGGAGGCCCUCGAGGACCCUCGGGCACCCACUCUCCGACCUUGCAGACCUUGCUGCUGCUGCUGCUGACCAGAGCUGGUGACCUCAGGGCCCAGCAGGGCCACGGGAUCAUCCUCUCCAAGGCCCAGCUGGGUUCCAUGGUGCAGGCAGCAAAGGGCGGGCUCCUGGUCCUGACCAAGCGGCUCCGCAAGGGCAAGCUGGAGUACCUGGUCAAGUGGCGCGGCUGGUCCUCCAAACAUAACAGCUGGGAGCCAGAGGAGAACAUCCUGGACCCACGGCUGCUCCUGGCCUUCCAGAAGAAGGAACACGAGAAGGAGAUACAGAACCGAAAGAGGGGGAAGAGGCCCAGGGGUAGGCCCAGGAAGCACACAGUCACGUCGUCCUGCAGCCGUCGCUCCAAGCUCAAGGAACCCGAUGCACCCUCCAAAUCCAAGUCCAGCAGUUGCUCCUCUUCCUCGACGUCAUCUUCGUCCUCCUCAGAUGAAGAUGACGACAGUGACUUAGAUGCCAAAAGGGGUCCCCGAGGCCGUGAGACCCACCCGGUGCCUCAGAAGAAGGCCCAGAUCCUGGUGGCCAAGCCCGAGCUCAAGGAUCCCAUCCGUAAGAAGCGGGGGCGCAAACCCCUGCCCCCGGAGCAGAAGGCGGCCCGGCGGCCCGUGAGCCUGGCCAAGGUGCUGAAGACCGCCCGAAAGGAGCUGGGGGCCCCAGCCAGCAAGCUGCCCCCUCCACUCAGCGCCCCUGUGGCAGGCCUAGCGGCCCUAAAGGCCCAUGCCAAAGAGACCUGUGGCGGCCCCAGCACCAUGGCCACCCCGGAGAACCUGGCCAGCCUGAUGAAGGGCGUGACGGGCAGCCCCAGCCGUGGCGCCAUCAGCUGGCAGAGCUCCAUUGUGCACUACAUGAACCGCGUGGGCCAGAGCCAGGCCCAGGCGGCCAGCAGACUGGCACUCAAGACCCAGGCCUCCAGCAAGUGCGGUCUGGGGCUGGACCUAAAGAUGAGGACGCAGAAAGGGGAGCUGGGGAUGAGCCCCCCAGGAAGCAAAGUCCCAAAGGCCCCCAGCAGUGGAGCUGGGGAGCAGAAAGGGAGCAGCGCAGGGGGAGGACCCCACACCCAUGGCAGCAGCAAGGUCCCUGCCGGGUGCCCAGGCUCCCAGCUGGCACCCACCCAGGAGCUGAGCUUGCAGGUCUUGGACUUACAGAGUGUCAAGAACGGCAUCCCUGGAGUGGGCCUGCUUGCCCGCCAUGCCACAGCCACCAAGGCCAUCCCUGCACCCCACCCAGGCACAGGGAAGGGCACUGGGGGUGGCCCGGGUGCUGUGAGUGCAGCCGGCAUGCCCACUGAGGCGGGCAAAGGGGAGAAGCUGGCCUCCAGAGCAGCAGCACUACCCACCGCUUCAGGCAAGAGGGAGAACAUCAAGAACAGCUCUGCCCCCGGGGGUCAGGACGGCCACACAGCCCCCGGAGAAGUCCGCAAGGCCACCAUGCUGUCAGAGAUGAGCACUGGUGAGGAGAACAGCAGCUCCGACUCGGACCCGGACUCAGCCUCGGUGCCAGGUGCCGGGCAGAGUCUGUCAGUGUCCGUCCAGACCAGCCAGGACUGGAAACCGACCCGCAGCCUCAUCGAGCACGUGUUUGUCACUGAUGUCACAGCCAACCUCAUCACUGUCACGGUGAAGGAGUCCCCCACCAGCGUGGGCUUCUUCAACCUGAGACAUUACUGAGGCCCUGGGCCACCCCUACCCAGAGCUCCCACCCACCCAGGUCUGACCCCUUCUCCCUCUUUGCCUUUGGUGAAGUGCGGCGGCCUGCCACCCCACAGCUAAGGGGAGGUCUGUAGGGGUCUCCUGCACCACCGGCUUGAAGACCUCCCUCCAGACCCUGCCCCCGGGCUUGGGGCUGCCUCCUUGCCUUGCUGGGGCCUGGCUUCCCUGUGUUCCUACCUCUUCAGGCCUCCCUCGCUCCCAUCGCCUCAGGAGGUCCAAGUGGCCCUGGGGCUCAAGCCCCUGCCUGCUCACUGCAGGUCUCCACAUGAGUUUGGGUGCCCCUUCCUAGCCUGAAAUGACAGCAGUCAGACCUGCCUUGUUCCCAGGGAAGGGAUCAGGGGGGGAGCUUCUGGCACAGCUCACUGUUCCCCCACAGGGGUGGGCAAAGUAGAGUGGGGUGGGGGGCCUGGGCCUCCUUAGGCCUGGCACCAGCCUUCAGAAGAUCAAAUAGGGUGGAGAAGGGGCCUGUGGGCAGGAACUCCAGCCAGAGCUGUGCCUGAGCCUUUAAGGACAAGGUAGAGACCCUGCCCCAGGAACUGCAGGGAGAGAGUCAGGAAGCAAGGUCAGGAACCCCAAAGAUGUUGGAUUUAGCACCCUCUGACCCUGAUUCCGAGAAAUAUCUCCAGCCCGAGUUGGCCUCUGGAGUCCGGCAAGGGUCCAGGUACAUCUGAGGAUCCUCCAGGAGUCUGAACCAGAUGGCACUGCUGCCUCCUGCCAGCCUGUGCCUCAGGGUCCUCUAGAGUACACCCUAGUUCCCAGGGUUGGAGCCGCUGGCCUGGGGGAGGGGACAGACAUAGGCCAAGAAGCUGGGACUAAGAGUUGGGCCAACAGGCUUUAUGCAGGGGGGCCCUUAGCAGGCAGCUGGAUUCACCAGCCUAGGCCUGUGGCCCAUGGACUGGCUGCCAGCCACAGGACAAUGAGGAGUGCAAAUGUUUGCCCCAAGUCCAUGGCCCUGACCCAGUGGAUAGGCCACUCCUCAGGUGCCACUUUCCCUGACAAUCCCCCCACACACAGACACACCUUUGGGGGUUCCAUAUUCUGCUUCCCAGUUGAGAAGCAAUCUCCCAGUGCCAUUGUGGACGUGGGACAAAGUGAGCAGCCUGCCUAGCGGAGGGCCUGUUCUGUCCCCUCCAAGAAACAAGAUUUCUGAACCCACCUGAGGGCCUUCUCCCUGUCCCGCCUCAGUGCUGAGUCUCGGAGCCACCUUGCUCGGUUUCUGGUCAAUGUCGGGAUUUUUGUGCCAGGAUGACAGCAGAAAGGUGGGCAGGAGGUGGCUGUGGUAGGCAAUCUGAUUGACAUGAUUUUGUGAUGCCAAAAAGAAGUCUGGGGGAGGUCUGGAACUGUCACCAGCCUGCAGAGGUCCUCUUGGCUCCAGCCACCUUGCAGAGAGGCGCUGUCCUUCCUCAAGCCAGCCUGCCUAGGGGCUUGCCAGGCUUCAGGACCCCCAGAUCCUCACCCCCACACCAAAUAGGAAGAGAUGGCCUCUGUGCAGCCAGAUUGACCUCAACAGUGUGCCUUUGGGGACAGAACAUGUCCAUCACUGCACUGAGGGUCAUCCAGGUCCAACUGGCAGGAAGUGCUGCCCACAGCAGGGAUGGAGCCCACCCUGCGGGCUCCUUGGCUGACUCAAACUUUGCAGCUUCUUUUCUGCCAGGCACUGUACUGCCUUAGAGGUUCCUCUAAGCUCUUGAGAGGAACCUAGAGUCCCACUAGCUGUUAGCAAAGUAGGGGUGUUUGUCCCUGGGUGUCUGGGCUGACCAGCCUUGUCCCCAGUUGCCAAGUCUCUCCAGACCCCAAUUUGGUGCCUUUCUUUUUACCAGCUACUUCAAUCCCAAAGCUUAAAUCUGCAAACACCUUCCCAGCCACUCUGCCUUCUUGCUGUGUUGCGUGUUGUGACCCCAGUGUUUUAUGUUAAAGAGCGUGUGUGCGGGUGCAAGAGUCCCGGCUGGAGAGGUGCACCAGAAGCUCCAAGCUGGUCAUUUAUGUUUACCAAUAAAUAAAAGUAGUUCUUUUUAUAUUUUCA